CUCCACAGCAGAUCCGGAAUCAGAGUUCUCUGGCUCGGCUCCGCUCGGCUCCGUCGGUCGCUGGGUAGUUCGGCUCCUGGUUCGGUUCCUGGUUCGGUUCCUGGUUCGGUUCCUGGUUCGGGUCCUGGUUCGGGUCCAGACUCCGACAGACAUCUCUGAGAAGGAGGUGGAGAAGAGGAGGAGAAGAGGAGGAGAAGGAGAGUUUGUAGUGAAAGUGUGACAGAGGGAGGAGCCGCCGGAGUCCAGAGGAGGAGAAGCAGAAGGAGAAGGAGGAGAAGAAGAAGGAGGAGAAGGAGAAGGAGGAGAAGAAGAAGGAGGAGAAGAAGAAGGAGGAGAAGCAGAAGGAGGAGAAGAAGGAGGAGAAGAUGCCGCUGGCUCAGCUGGCUGACCCCUGGCAGAAGAUGGCUGUGGGGGGGACAGCAGGAGAGGACGCUCAUCACGACCCGGAGGACUCGGCGGGCGAUGACGACUCCAUGCCUCCUUGCAUCGAUGACGUGCACUUUAACGAGAUCAAUAUCACACACCUCGUGAAGGAGGGAUCAGAGAAGGCCGACCCUCGACAGUUCGAGCUCCGCAAGGUCCUGGGACAGGGCUCCUUCGGCAAGGUGUUUCUGGUGAGGAAGAUCUCAGGGCCGGACGCCGGUCAGCUCUACGCCAUGAAGGUCCUGAAGAAAGCCACACUGAAAGUGCGUGACCGGGUCAGGACAAAGAUGGAGCGGGACAUCCUGGUGGAGGUCAACCAUCCCUUCAUUGUAAAGCUGCACUACGCUUUUCAGACGGAGGGGAAGCUCUACUUGAUCCUGGAUUUUCUCCGAGGAGGAGAUCUCUUCACUCGUCUCUCUAAGGAGGUAAUGUUCACAGAGGAGGAUGUAAAGUUCUACUUGGCUGAACUCGCUCUGGCACUCGAUCACCUUCAUGGCCUCGGCAUCAUUUACAGAGACCUCAAACCUGAGAACAUCCUGCUCGACGAGGAAGGACACAUCAAACUGACUGACUUUGGCCUCAGCAAGGAGUCGAUCGACCACGAGAACAAGGCCUACUCCUUCUGUGGCACGGUGGAGUACAUGGCUCCUGAGGUGGUGAACAGGCGAGGACACACGCACAGCGCCGACUGGUGGUCAUACGGCGUGCUGAUGUUUGAGAUGCUGACGGGAACGCUGCCGUUUCAAGGCAAAGACCGGAAAGAGACCAUGACCAUGAUCCUCAAGGCAAAGUUGGGGAUGCCACAGUUCCUGAGCUCGGAGGCUCAGAGUCUCCUCAGGAACCUUUUCAAACGCAACCCGGCCAACAGAUUAGGAGCUGGACCCGACGGAGUGGAGGAGAUCAAGAGGCAUCACUUCUUCAGCACCAUCGACUGGAACAAACUGUUCCGCAGAGAGAUCCCGCCUCCUUUCAAACCGGCGUCAGGACGACCUGAUGACACGUUCUAUUUCGAUCCAGAGUUCACAGCUAAAACACCCAGAGAUUCUCCGGGGAUUCCUCCCAGUGCCAACGCCCAUCAGCUGUUCAGAGGAUUCAGUUUUGUGGCCAUAACAGAAGAGGAAACACAACCACUACCUAACGCUAUAGUUCAGCAGCUGCACAGAAGCACGUCCCAGUUCGCAGACGCCUACGAGAUCAAGGAGGACAUCGGCGUGGGCUCGUACUCCAUCUGCAAGCGCAGCGUACACAAAGGAACCGGCAUGGAGUACGCCGUCAAGAUCAUCAACAAGGUGAAGAGAGACCCGACGGAGGAGGUGGAGAUCCUGCUGAGAUACGGACAACACCCCAACAUCAUCACCCUGAAGGACGUGUAUGACGACGGCCGCUCCGUGUUCCUGGUGACGGAGCUGAUGAAAGGAGGAGAGCUGCUCGAUAAGAUCCUCCGACAGAAGUUCUUCUCUGAGAGAGAAGCCAGCGCGGUGCUCUACACCAUCACCAAGACGCUGGAGUACCUGCACGUCCAGGGGGUGGUGCACAGAGACCUGAAGCCCAGUAACAUCCUGUACGUGGACGAGAGCGGGAACGCCGAGUCCAUCAGGAUCUGCGACUUCGGUUUCGCCAAACAGCUGCGAGCGGAGAACGGGCUGCUCAUGACGCCGUGUUACACCGCCAACUUUGUCGCGCCUGAGGUGCUGAAGAAGCAGGGCUACGAUGCAGCCUGUGACAUCUGGAGUCUCGGAGUCCUGCUCUACACCAUGUUAACAGGCUUCACUCCGUUUGCUAACGGCCCCGAGGACACACCGGAGGAGAUCCUGGCUCGUAUCGGCAGCGGAAAGUUCUCCCUCACUGGAGGAUACUGGACGUCUGUGUCUUCUGAGGCUAAGGAUCUGGUGUCCAAGAUGCUGCACGUGGACCCCCACCAGCGGCUGACGGCCGGCCAGGUGCUCAGACACCCCUGGGUGACGCACAGAGACCAGCUGCCCAAGUACACCCUCAACCGGCAGGACGCUCCGCACCUGGUCAAGGGGGCGAUGGCGGCCACCUACUCGGCCCUCAACAGGAACGUCCCCCAUGUCCUGGAGCCGGUGGGCUGCUCCACUCUGGCGCAGCGGAGGGGCAUGAAGAAGAUCACCUCCACCGCUCUGUGACCUUUACACCCCCCGACCCCCCCCUCCCCACCUACUCCCAUCAACUCUGACCUCGA